GAAAAAAGUACAGGGUUUGGGGGAUUGGAGAAAGACAGGAAAAUGUAAGGUGACCAACACUCAAGUCCUGAUCAGCCAACAGGAACCAUGGUAGAAUUCUGGAACCAUCCUCUCUGUUAGAUUUUAGAACUUUCUAGACACUUUCUUGUUCCACGUUCCCUAUAAAACCCAGUCAUCCCGUUCCGUGGGUAAUUCAAGAUAAAGGAAUCUGCAUUGCAUUUGUUCUUUUCUUGUCUCCUGGGUCACCAUGGAUGAUGAUUUCGAGUUCCCCGCCGCCAGCAACAAGGAUGACGAGAUGGACGUGCCCCAGGACGACCCAAUUAGCCCCAUUCUUGAGGUGGGCGAGGAAAAGGAGAUUGGCAAGAAUGGGCUGAAGAAGAAGCUGGUCAAGGAGGGUGAGGGAUGGGACACUCCAAGCGCCGGUGAUGAAGUAGAAGUGCAUUACACUGGCACCUUGCUCGAUGGAACCAAGUUCGAUUCCAGCCGGGAUAGUGGUACUCCUUUCAAGUUCAAGCUUGGCCGAGGACAAGUAAUAAAGGGUUGGGAUGAGGGUAUCAAAACAAUGAAGAAAGGUGAAAAUGCCAUUUUUACUAUUCCUCCUGAAUUGGCAUAUGGUGAAUCUGGAUCGCCUCCAACUAUUCCUCCUAAUGCAACUCUUCAGUUUGAUGUGGAGUUGCUUUCUUGGACUAGUGUCAAGGACAUCUGCAAAGAUGGAGGGAUCUUCAAGAAAAUACUAGUUGAAGGGGAGAAAUGGGAGAACCCAGAAGAUUUGGAUGAAGUGUUUGUUAAGUUUGAAGCUUGCUUAGAAGACGGAACACUGGUUUCAAAAUCUGAAGGGGUGGAAUUUACUGUUGGAGAUGGCUAUUUCUGCCCUGCCUUGGCAAAAGCAGUGAAAACCAUGAAGAAAGGAGAGAAAGUACUGUUGACAGUAAUGCCCCAAUAUGCAUUUGGUGAGAAUGGUAGGCCAGCAAUAGGUGAUGCAGGUGCUGUUCCUCCAAAUGCUACUCUUCAGAUAACACUUGAGUUAGUCUCUUGGAAGACUAUUUCUGAUAUUACAAAGGACAAGAAGGUCCUAAAGAAGAUCUUAAAGGAGGGGGAAGGUUAUGACCGACCCAGUGAUGGAACUAUGGUGCAAGUUAAACUCAUCGGGAAGCUACAUGAUGGGACAAUCUUUGUGAAAAAGGGUUAUGAGGAAGAGCCCUUUGAGUUUAAAAUAGAUGAAGAGCAAGUUAUUGAUGGACUUGACAGAUCUGUUAAAUCAAUGAAGAAAGGGGAAGUUGCUCUUAUCACCAUCCAGCCAGAAUAUGCAUUCGGUACAACUGAAUCGCAGCAGGAAUUGGCUGUUGUUCCUGCCAAUUCAACUGUAUAUUAUGAGGCUGAGAUGGUCUCAUUUGUCAAGGAGAAAGAGUCUUGGGAAUUGAAUAGCCAGGAAAAGAUUGAAGCUGCAGGGGAAAAGAAAGAAGCAGGCAAUGUUUUGUUCAAGACUGGUAAAUAUAAAAGAGCCUUGAAAAGAUAUGAGAAGGCUGUGAACUUCAUAGAUUAUGACUCUACUUUCAGUGAUGAGGAGAAGCAGCAGGCUAAGUUGCUAAAAGUAACCUGCAAUCUUAACAAUGCCGCUUGCAAACUGAAACUUAAAGACUACAAGCAGGCUGAGGAGCUUUGCACCAAGGUUUUAGAACUUGACAGUAAAAAUGUUAAAGCCCUGUACAGGAGGGCGCAAGCAUAUAUCCACCUUGCUGAUUUUGAAGUGGCAGAGGUUGAUAUAAAAAGGGCACUUGAGAUUGACCCUGAUAACAGGGAUGUAAGAGCAGAAUAUAAGUUACUGAAAGAGAAAGUCAGGGAAUACAACAAAAAGGAUGCACAAUUUUAUGGCAGUAUAUUUGCAAAGAUGAACAAGUUAGAGCAAGCAAAAGCCAGGAAGCAAGAGGCAGCACGCAUGGCCAUAAAGAGCAAGGCAUGAUAGGAUCAAACCUUCCAUUUCCCCCCUUAUCUUCAAUUCCCUUACUUUCUUCUCCUUCUCAUGUCAUUUAUGAGUGAAGGUGGUGCACACGUUAGAGGCUGUUCGGUUAGCAUGAAAAAUUUUGUAAAAAUCAAUCUGUUCUGCUAGCAUCUAAUAAAAGAAUUUGUCUUGUUUCUACUCUAAACAGGUUCGCAGGUUGCUGAUUAUAUUGGUUUGCAUCAUACUGGUAAUCUCCUUGAUGACGAUCUUGAUCUGGAAAUUUGGCAAGGGUUGCCCACUUCAGUUUGUUGGAUGUAUGGUUAUGGAAACCUUGUACUAUGGAACAGAUAAGGUUUAUGUAUGUUAAAUCCUAAGAUAAACUUUGUACCAUGGACUUGAUGUUGAAUUUCUGAAGUUGCGUUAGGAUUCUGUUCAAUGUACGAUCCUUCUUACUCUGAAACCUUAUUCAAAUUUAUUAAAGAGAGAUUUCUCCC